AUGAGGAGAAUUGAAGCUGAAGAGUUGGGGUUGGAUGCCGCUGAAAUGGUGGUGACGAGUACGAGGCAAGAGAUUGAAGGGCAAUGGGGGUUGUAUGAUGGUUUUGAUAUUAAGAUGGAGAGGAAACUUAGGAUUAGGAGACGACGGGAAGUAAGCUGCCUAGGAAGGUACAUGCCAAGGAUGGCG